GAAGUAGAUACAUUAAAUCUAGUGAAUAUAGAUAAUUGUAUGUGCGUGUGACAAGAAUAUUAAGACCUCCAGCAAGGACUUUUGACGAAUGCAGAGGAACACGUGGGCACAUGGGCUAGGGUGGGAAAAACCGCCUUUCCCACCUCUGUUUUCGUUUCUCAUUCGUCCGAUGACUGCUGAGGUGGUGGCUUUCUGGUCUUCGGUGGGUUUAAACUGGGCCGUAAAGUAGUCGCGAGCUCUGUUGUUAAGUGCACCGACACGAAGAAGCUCGAGUGACCCGUAACAAGAGUGUCGCGUAUGUUACCGAGACUCUCCAUAUGCAGCUCGAGAAAUGACUAAGAGAUGCGUCCGUCCGGCUCAAGCUCUGCUGUUGCUGUGCUGCGUAACUAUGCUCGUGAAGACUCAGCCGUUGUCUGUGGAAACCGAUGAUCUUCCGGUUCGUGAGCCGCGAAACAAAGACGAUCUAGACUACAUCGAGCUCGAGGAGGAAAUAGAACGCAUUAAGCAGCACAUUCUCUCUGAGCUUGGAAUGGAAAGCGCGCCGGAUUCUUCGCAAGUGAAUGUCACCCAGAGUGAGCUGGACAGGGUGAUGGAGAUCUAUCAUCGGAACACAAGAAACUCAAUCAUUCAGGAAGCGCUAGAAGAAGAUAAAGACAAUGUUGUUCACAAAUCUUAUACUUUCAGGGAUGAAGCGCCACUGCAAUUCAACUUCAGCGACGAUUUUGCCCAAUCAAGAGGACUUCAGACGAUAUUUUUUCCAUUGGACUUCUCUGACCACGCGACAAACAACACGCGGGGCCUAACAGUCGAUUCUGCUAAACUAAGUGUCUACAAAGUUCGUAAAGGAGUCCAUCACCAAGCAGUUGGGCGAAUAGGGCGUUCAGACGCCGCGUCGAACAGUGAAGAGCCAAAAGAAGCCACAGUCUUCAUCUACCAGCUCCAAGAACCUUUACACCUGAAGGAUCCCGAACGUCUACUAGUCACUGCUCAACAAGUUUUGUUGGACACAGACGGCUGGGAAGUAUUCGAUGUGGCUAAAGCUGUCGAAACAUGGGUGGAAUCACCUGCUCUGAACUUUGGUCUUCAUAUCGAAUGUAGUGAAUGUGAGACCUUCGACUUUACCUUUAUCUCAAUGAACAGUACAGAGCUUCCCAACCAGUUUCUUUCCAGGAAUUACAAAAAAGGAGCAUUACUUUCUUACCAAGCCCCCGGAAGAGCGGUUUUGGACAUUGAGUUAAUAGAAUCAUCAGCAAGAAUCAAGCGCUCAAAACCCAACACAGGAAAGCGUCGGAUGAAAUACCCCUUCGAUUGUACCAGUGGCAAAAAAACAAAACUUUGUUGUCGGUAUUCUAUGAAUGUCUCUUUUGAGGAACUGGAAUGGAAUUGGAUCCUCAAACCAAAACACUUUGAAGCCUAUUUUUGUAAAGGAAAGUGCGUUCGUAACGGCAAAAAUUAUGCCAGUAACCAUGCCAUAAUUCAAAAUCUUAUGCGUAAAAAGAAGAAUAGAAGAAAAAAAAUACCUCGUCCUUGCUGUGCUCCAAAGAAAAUGAAACCCUUAGACAUAGUGUAUUUUAAGAACAAAAGUGAAGUGGAUACAAAACAAUUAAGAGGGAUGAUAGUCUCGCAAUGCAGUUGCGCUUAGGAACCAUUAGGUUAACCUAAAAUGUUUCAAGAAAGUGAACUUAUGUGAUACAACUAGCUUUGGAAAUAAUUAAGGGAGUUUCUUUUACUAGGAACGUGUUGGUUGUGUGAGUAGAAAUGACCAUAAACUGAUGUUUCAAAUGAAAGCUUAUUGCUGGGUAUGAAUUUAAAAGUAAAUAUAAAUCACUUAUUUAUAUAUUAAUCCAGAAGUUUAGAGAGAGUGUGUGUAUGUGUGUCUUAUAGUACUUUAUAUCAUUAUACUCGUUUUACAGUCUAUGGAAAUAAAUGAAGUGUAAAUAAAUAUAAUAAUGAUUUAUUUAACAUAACAAUACUGCU